CCAGCCACCACGGUCAUGCUUCGACGAUUUUAUGUGAGAAUGGCAGAAGCUACGAGUGAUGGCUGUCACGUGACUACUCUAAAGCCGAUAACUGACCAGAAAUAUGACGACUGGGGAUGUAGACAGUGUAUCCCGGAUAAUUUACCUUUUUGUUGAAUAUUUUCUGUAUAUUUGUAGUUAGGAACUCAGAAGCAAAGCAACGAGAAAGAACAAAAGUUUUGCUACAAAAUGGGUCGUGAAGGGUACAGUAUUGUAGAGAGAGAGAGAGAGGGAGCGGAGGAAAGAUUCACACUUCACUGAUUUCAUUGACAAAACCAGACGCUAAUAAAUCACAAAUACCUCAGCGUUAAUCAUCCAUAACAAUGGGAAACCGUCGAGCUUGAAUUAGGGUGAAGAUGAAGACGAUAGAGAAUGAUGCCUGCUGUUUAAGCGCUUGCUCCGGGGUAAGAAAUAAAGUAAGAGGGGUAGUCCAGGUAGAUGUGAGGGGAAGGUGAGAGGAUGGAGGGAGCGAAAAAAAUCCAAAAAGGGGAGAAUACUAAAGGUGGGAGCGUGGUUUGGUGUGGACAACUUCUUAUUCUUCUUGUUCCUGGAGCAUAGAGUCGGGUGUGGAUAACUGCAUCUCAGAAAAUCCCUUUUCAUUGCUUUGAACGAUCCUGUGCCUAAAGCAACCUCAGAAGGUAGUCAUUGACCACGAACCCCUGCUGACUGCUCCACAGAAGAUCAGAGAUGUGUCCAGUGGUGUAAUCAAAUUUAAAAGGGUAUGGAAAAGGGGCUAAACUACCCAAAAAUUGUGAUUUUUCUUCCAAGUCAUCGGCGUGCUUAAACUCUUCAAUUUGUCUAGUUGCGCCAGGCUGUACCCGGCGCUAGAAAUCAUGGAUGGAUUCCCGAGAUACGAACUGUUUGGAUCAAAAGUAGCGAGAAAGUUUGACUAUGGUAUACAAGACCAAAAGUAUGGUGAUCCAUCGCAAGAAAAAUCGAAAUCGACGAAGGAUGACUUCUGGGAUGGCGGAGGUUCUUCCCUGUAUGACGACCUGCACACAGUCCAUCUUCGAGAAAAGCCGGACUGGCUGGUGACCAUGAGCCUCCCGGACAUCGACGAGUUGUUUGGAUUUUACUUUCGAAGAUCUUACGAUGACUACAGGACUACUGGACUCGCAAAGAGAGACCUCGCCCUCCAGGAAGUGAGUGGUUGUGACAGUUCAGAGUGUUCACUUAAGAGAGAUUCUGACAGGCGGCGGAAAACGCUGGCCUGUCUGGUGCUUGGGAUCGGAGCUCUAGGAAUCCUGGCCGGGAUCAUCGCUGUCAUUUUCAUCAUGAUCAUCAGCCGACCCCCUGACCCAAUCACCGGAGGCUACGUGAACAUAACAAACCCGUCACACGAAAGAAACUACACGAUACCCAGACCAUCACAUGACAGUGAGCUUUACUCACUCACCCAGCUUUCAGCUCUGGGUACAAAUACAGGACACAGUGGUGUCACCAGCACCGCCACCCUCAUGUUUCCACAACAAUUUCCCACAAAAGUUUUAGUCACAAACAACUAUCCCAAUCUCGGAUCUCACACAGCGACCUCUGCAUUCACAAGCACUGCUUUGCUAGGUAGGAUGGACCCGUUACUAUGGACAUCACCACCAUCAUCUCUUACCAAAACAACCUCAAGUUUCUCUGAAACUAGAAUCCCAGAGUUUUUGUCCACACUACAAACUUCGUGGUUAUCACUUGAGACAGGGUUUGCAACGACUACAUUGGUAACCCCGAAAAUAGGAAACACAGUUGAUACAUUGUUACCUCCGGGAAUAAGUAAUACAAUUAUUACUUCGGUAGCACCAUCUGAAGGAAAUGCAAAUACCACAUUAGCAACAACAACAGCAACUACAACAGGAUAUGCAUUAAACAUUUCAUCAAUAGUAAAAGCAAUAAUAUUAUAUCCAGAAGAUAAUACAAUUAUAACAUCUGCAAAACUAGUGUCGGAAAAUACAGCCAUCACAUCGACAACAACUCCUACAGCAAACACAGUGAGGACAUCAAUGCCACUAGCGACAGACAACAAACACAUUUCUUCGGUGAUGGCAAAUACAAUAUUUACAUCGCCAUCACUGACAACAGGAAAUAUUAUGGUAAUGUCCGGUUCAAAGGCAACAAAAAACACAAAUAUUAUUUCAAUGUCACAAGUAACAGAAAAUACACUUAUGUCAUCGAUGCAAAAGGUAACAGAAAAUACAGUCCCCAUAUCGGUACCAAGAACAGCUGUCAAUACAAUCGUUACCUUGGCAACACCAUUAUCAGGAGAUGGUAGCGUGACGUCAUCACGACUGCCAACAGGAAAUGGAAUAGGUACAUCAACACCAUCAACAACACCAAAAACAACCGCUACAUCUGCAGCACAAACGUCUCUCGUCACAUCAACCUCAGUUGGCGGAAAUUCGUUUGGGUUUUCUCCCCUGACGACUGUUGUUCCUAGCAACACACCAGCCUACACCACGCCGACACCAGCUCGGACUGCGACACCAGCAACUGUAACACUACCCGUAACAUUGUUGUCUUCUGAUCCGAGUAUCUCUGGAGGAAUAUUCUCUAAUUCAGGUUAUCCUGGAGGGAUGUCUUCUAAUUCGAACUUAUUUGGAAAAAUCUCUCCCAUCUCUACUGCAGUACACACAGGGUUACCUGCCGCUGCUACAGUGACGUCAUCAGUGUCUGUUACCUGGAGUACGGUAGUAGAUGGCUUCUCAGGUAAGAGUGAUGUGGUGCGAACCUUGUCUGGUGUGACAAGCAGCUCCAUCACGACGGGCACCGCGACCCAGAGACCAGACACCUCAACGGUGGCCGCAAAGACGACAACUGCUACUUCAGGCUCGCCGAGCCUGUCCUCCCAAAUGACGACGACACCAUCCAUCGUCACUACUGCGACUACAGGGACUGUAACGCCACCUACGUCACCACCCGUAACACUGCCGUCCGCGGCUUCGGCUACAGCAAUGUUGACUACAGGAUUACAACAAACAACAACAAGGACAGACUUGUUUACUCCUACGCCAAUGCUUUUUACGGCAGGUGUGAAAAUAGUGUCACUGGCUCCUAGUACACCUGGAAUUGCUGCUACACCUGUUGUUACAACCGUUUUACCUAGCACUGCUGUUUCAUCUGUCGUCACAGUUGUAUCUAAAGAUAGGGUUACACCUGCCGCUACAGCAACAUCUACCAUAACAAUUACUGCCCCCACCGUUGCCCCGACGACAAAAGCAGCAGGUGCAACAUCCACUUUCAUGACGACACCAGCUCCGAUAUUUCAAUCUACAGCAAUAUCUGCUACAGCCACAACUACCACGACAACAGCUGUACUACCUACAUCGCAGACGUCGAAGUCUGUGACAACAUCAGUACCUUUCAUCAGCUCUACUGCAGUAAGAGCGACGUCUUCAAUGUCCUCGGUCACACCAUCAAGACCUGCUUCUACAGCUGGGAGCCUGGCAACCACUGUCCUCUCGUCGUCAUCCAGCCUCGGUCUUCACACAACUGUUUCUGCCUCUUUGUUGCCAUCGACGACUUCAGAGACGAUGAAAGUCAGUGACCCUGCUACACGUUUGCUAACCACAACUACUUCAACACCUCGGUUAGUUCCUGUUAGUACAAACAUCAUCACCACUUCCACAGCUACAACUAAUGGAAUACGACAAACAAUGACGCUGACCACAUCACAUACAUCCAUCGCUGCUUCGACUACCACCACUAUCGCUUCCACCACCACCACCACCACUCCUACAACUAUUACAGCUCCGACUAUUUCUCCAAGUCGUACAACUCCUCCAAGUACAUCAAAUCCUACGAUGUUUCCUUCCCUGUUAUCAACAAUGCCGACUUUGACUACAAGUUUAGCGCUGACAUCAACUGCAGCAUCUACAACCAAGCUAACUGUUCCAACUGUAGUGUCGAGAACCUCCAGCAGUGUCAGCACAACAUUCACCACUGCUGUAGUCGUGACGACUAGAAUUUCCUCGUCCCCUCCGACAACAUCAUUGACACCAAGCCCCUCGUCAGUGUUUUUGAAGACUACGUCAGUGACAACGCCUGCCUCUAGUCUCCUGACAUCCACAACAACUUUGAUGACUACAUCAACCACUACUCCACCGAAGAGUGAAAUCCUUUUUAUGGAUUCGGUGCUUGAGCUGUACAAGCCCGGCAAGCUGAGCUGCACUCACAUCGGCAACGACUGGUCCUUCGUGGUGCUCCUCCGGAACGACACGGACACCAUAGCCGGGUACCAGAACGUCUUCGGGUGCACGCAGAUGGUCGGGUGCAACACUUUCCUCGCCAAUAUGGACCUGGAGGACACCCAAGUGGGGUUCAACAACACCUUCACACUGAUCUUCAACAAUGUCUCGUGUUCUGACCAGCGCUUGUACACGUGUCAGGAGGUCAUCGUGGGUCUCACAGCCAGCGCUUUCGUCAAGGUGGAAGUUCCUAAAAGUCUCCAGAGACUGGACAUUUCUGUGCCUCAGACCAUCAGCAGCGCAACUCCAACAACGGUUUCGUGUUCUGCCCGAGUGGAGGCUGAGAGCGGAUCUGUGUUCUGGGAAAUCGCAGACCCUGGGAGCUCCACCUUUGUUCACAUAGUCCUCAGUGGGGCUUCCAGAACCGAGGCUGUGUUUGACGAGUGCUUGCGUGACGUCACUCUGAGGGCUCGACACACUUUCAGUGCUUCUCAGAAUGGAGCAAAACUUCGUUGCAGGACAAUAUUUCCAGAAUCACUUUCGCCAGAGGUCGUCUUAAAUAUAGUUUGAUGGCAGUUCAUUCCGAAAGUAUUUUCGAAGAAGAAGCAAGCAUGAUAGACUCACAGAAUAAAUUUUUGUACUUCUAUUUGAGAUAAAGGAAAAAGGACUUUGCACCUGCGAAACUAAAGUGAAAAUGGUGAUUUGAUGACUUGAUGACUGUGGUUUUUGUUGAUAAUACCUAAAUGGUUUUCUCAUAUGCGAGAGUUGUAUAAUAAAAUCGGAAUUCAUAGAAAAACUGCUAGUGGCGAGAAAAGAUGAAGUGCCUGAUGCAGACUAGAGGAUUGCCAGAAGAGAAUAAUAAAGACUGAGUUCUGUUGAUACAGAGGGAAUACGGAUGAGACUUUGAUAUGGUGACUUUUAUCUUCCUUGGUGUCACCUACGUGUCAUUGAAUCACUUUUUCUCUCAGGUAUUAAAUGUAGCAGCGACUUGUAUAUAUAUAUAUUUGCUUGUAACCUCAUGUCUCAAUUAUUCCUACACUCACUUCUUUAUGUGUGCCUCAUGCAUUAAAAAGUUCAUAAAAUCAGAAUUUUUAAUGUGGUAAUUUUCUUCACUUUCCGGAUACCACGUAUCAACAAGUCUUCCUUCUUUUUUUUUUCUUUUUUUUUUUUUUCUCUUCAGUGUCUGCUUAGUCUGAGGAACCAAUCAUUUUAAUCACGAGUCAUCGUUAGUAAGUAAUCUAAUGUUUGGAAGGUAUCCCUUAUCCUUACUAUUCUUGAUCACGUGUUAGCAUGUGAGUUCUGACUUGCAGUCUGGCUUUAUUGUCUCCUCUCACCCAUUUCUCUUUCUUGCUUGUCUCCCAUGUAUCAGGGACUAGGCAUGCACUACCUAACCUCCUCCCUUACUCCGUGUGUAACAGGGGAUGUCUCCCCCAUGAUUUCCCUUGUCCUCGUGUACCAGACGGAGGUCUCCAUACACCCAACACGCACGCCCGCCAUGUAUCAACCAAUCUCCACCAUGCACAGCCUGGAGGCCAUUUCUAUUUUUUCUUGUGUCGACUCUCUGAACCUUUAUUGUCAUGAUCGUGACGACAAGUCGUAAACGACUCCUCGCCGUUAUCUAGCGAGGAUAUCUUCGCCAGCUGUGCCAGAGGUUGUCGCAGUCCUCGCGGCGGCAAACGCAGUGACCUUACCUUUGACCUCAGGUAGCUGCUACACAUUUCUUUUCCCCGCAGGACCGAGACCCGAACACUCCACCUGUCCCUUCCCUCUCUCCACACCUCACAGGUAAAGCUGGGAGGGUUGACUCGUCCCUCCAUCCGUCUUUGACAGAUUUAGCGUGUAUUUGCAUUCAGUGGGUGAGGUAGAAGAACAGGAAGUUCAAAGGACAGAAGCUUUGUGGAAUAUAAAGAUAAGACUUACAAAAAUGUGUUAAGCCCUAACAGUUGGCCUGAGGUAAAGUGAGGGAAAGGAAAGUGGUUGUACUUUUCCGUGAAGACAGAAAGUGUCAUUUCUCCACUCCCUGUGAUUGCUCGGUUUGCUUGAUGGAUGGCUAAUUUUUUUAUUUGUAACCAACAGACUCAUUAAUAUUCUGCACUGCAAAUGGCAGUUAUUUUUAACUCAAAUUAUGUUUAUGAUACAUAAUCACGUACAGUCCUCGUAUAAUAGAAAUCCAAAUGUCAAAUUAUUUGUACAAAAGUACUCAACUGUAUCAUAACACAAUAAAAUUU